CACGCUGGCUAACAGAUAUGUUCCUGUUAGCGGCUACGUGUGAUUGCCGCUGCAAAACAUCAUGGCGCCCCCUGUGCGUAGCGCGUUGCUGCUCGCCGCGGUGCCGGUUCGGGUCUGCGUGCGCGUCGUCGUGUGGGUGUUGAGCAUUGGGCUGCGUUGCCUCCUGCAGUACUGCCACAGUGUAUUGAGUUGGCUGCCCAUGAACCCCUGGCCUGGGGCAGGCGAUAAGCGCAAGGCUCGGCUUCUUGGGCUGCCCAGGGGAGUUUUUGCGGGGGAUCACCUGGCACCGUGUCGACGAAGGCGUGUGAAUACCUCAGACACGGCCGAGGCGAGGAAUCUUUCGAGGACGGCGCAUGUGGACAUCCUCAAGUACGAUUAUUUGUGAGUGCGAAACAGCGGGCCGCAUGCUCAAGCUGCAGCCGCGGCACCUGCUGGCCGUGAGCCCCGAGACCAGGGAGCGCUUCGCGGGGGCGUUCGACAAGUGGGGGGACGCCUACUACGAGGAGACGACGCCCGCGGAGCUGCGGGAGGUCUUCGGGGACAUCUCGGAGCAGGCCGCCGAGGACGCGGUUCCAGAGGAGGUCCUGAACGCGCUGAUGCAGCAUCCGCGCUUUCAGUCCUCCCUCGCCCAGAUAUGACGCGAGCGCACCUGGCUUGCCCCCCUCCCUCCCCCCCCCUUUCGCGAGGCAGCGCGCGGCCAUGGUACAGGCGGCCUCGUGCGACGUGCCGUCGCCCGCGCGGCGCUCCCCGGCUGCCCGGAGCGACGCGUGGCGGAGUGCGCAGCCGGGGGCUGGCCCCUCGCAGAA